CCACGACUGCAGUCUGUGAAGGGGCGUGGCCUCCACGAGGGGGCGUGGCCUUCGUCUCGGCUUGGCGGUUGACAUGGCAACAGGCGGUGCCGUUCCACAUCCCUGAGACCCCGGCACGGCGCCUCCUCGUACCGCCUCAUCCCAGGACCGUUGAUGUGGUUGUAUCCCGCUGACCUGAGCAGCCGGUGUCCCGCAGGCCUGUUCCCGCGCCCCACGCCAUGGCACACCUCCUGGGCCAUCCCGGCUGCAUGCAGAGCCUGCGGGCCGACCUGCAGGACCUGCAGGCAGCCAUCAGCGACGUCUCUUCCCGGGCUGGGACUGCACGUUUCCCCUCCUGGAAAUUCCCUGAUAAAGUGUCAUGUGAGCUGGACCUGGCAGCGCUGCUGGAGCAGUACAGCUACGACCAGAACAACCCCGAAUUCAGCCAGCACUCCCAUGUGGUGCUGCUGGAGCUGGUGGUAGACAGGCUGCUCCUGCUGCUCCAGAGCUUCACAGUCUACGCUGAAAACCUGCUGAGAGAGCGAGCCGUGCCAGCGGCGCGGGCGGUGGGGCCCUGCAUGUCGGCGGGGCUGACGGCGCGGAGGUACUGGUGCAGCAUGCUGAAACUGGGGGCCUCCCACCAGCAGCUCCUGGCCGAGAAGAAGGCUUGCAGGAAGGAGAUCCCCACGCUGCAAUCCUCACGCCAGGCUGGGAAACCUGAGGAGACGCGCCUGAAACACAGCUUGCCUGACGUUUUGGAGUUAAGAAUUCCCGCAGAAGUUGCUCAGUCCACUCCUCUGUGUCCUUUGCCGAGUGUCCGUGUCCCGGCCCGUGAUGCCUCGGGCUGUUCUUCAGGCACGGCUGGGAGCAGGCACAGCAUCUCCACGCAGACGAGCGGGUCAUCCCUGCGACCCUGUGACACCUGCACCAGCGCCCAGGCCAGCCUCCGCGAGGUCGGCACAGCCAUCACCAGCGUCUGCCAGAGCCAGAACAUCCCCUCGGCUCUCAGCAGGUUUCAGGGGAUGGUGGAGAGGACCACAGGGAAAAUGACCCUCUCUGCAACGGACAUGAGCUUCUGGGCCUCAGAGCAGAGCAAGGACCUCUCCCGCAUCAGCAAACACCUCCAGAUGCUGUUGCAGCAGGUCAGCUCUCUGAAGUCAGAGCUGGAGGAGUCGGAAAAACAGAAAGACGAGCUCCGGAAACAGGUUGAGGACUUUUCCCAGUUGCUUCAAGUGGAGAAGGAGGCUCAAGUGCAGCAGAGAGAGGAAGCUCAGCAGAACUUGGAAUUAAAGAACAAAGAGUAUUUAGAGGCUGUAGCCAAGCUGGAGCGGGACAAGGAUGACCUACGGAAAGGGGCUGCUCUGCUGGAAGAGCAUCUCUCCAACAUGAAGGAAGAGCUGGCUGUGAAGCAGGCUGCCGUGCAGGAGCUGGAGGUGACCAAGACAUCCUUGCUGGAGGAGAUAAGGACCACAAUGGUGGCCAGGAGCCGGGUGCAGGAGCUGGAGGAGAAGGUGCAGCUGCUCACCAGCCAGCAGGAGAACCUGGGCCAGGAGCUGAGUGCCACCACUACCCAGCUGGACAAGGAGAAGGCCAAGGUGGAGAGCAUGUUGAGGCACCAGGAGUCCCUGCAGGCCAAGCAGAGGACCCUGCUGCAACAGCUCGACAGCCUGGACCAGGAGCGCGAGGAGCUGCAGGUCAGCCUGGGCGAGGCUGAGGAGGAGAAGGCCAGGCUGGUGGAGCAGCUAGAGGAGAGGGAGACGCAGCACAGGAAGCAUCUACGAUCGCAGCAGGCACCGGGAAUUUGACUGAGGACAUGGAGAAGCAGCUACAGGCCAAUAGCAUCCGGAUCAGUGUGCUGGAGCAGGAGAAUGUGCAGCUCAGGUCUGCGCUCACCAAGGUGAAGGUGGCUGCAGAGCAGGGCGUG